AAAACGUUUGGUUCGCUGUGCUGCUGCUGCUGCCAGUGCUGCUGCUGCUGCCGCCGCUGAUGCUGCUGCUGCUGCUGUCAACGACGCUGCCACGCAAGGACAAUAACACGAGAACAACAACAACGCCAACGAAAUAUGUUGCACAGGGCGCGUCUGGUGCAUAAAUAAAUAAGAAUUAGCGGAUGACAACAAUUAAUAAACAAUACAAAAUACAGUUGCAUUUGCGAUUCAACAAAAACAACAAACAACCAGCAUCAAAUGCAGCCCAUGGCAAUGUGUCAGAAAUUGUGAGAAUUAAUAUUUCACUGGAGAUUUGUGCGUUUUGGUAACAAACAACGCAAAACUUUUGUUCGGUUUUUACAACAUUUUAUGCUCUGUUUUUUGGGUAGGGGGCAAACACAGUUAUCUCUGCUUUGCCUUUUUUUGGCGUUGCGCGUAAAAUUAUAAAAAAUAUGUGAAAAAUGCGCAACAACAACAACAACAACAAGGAGAACAACAAUAACAACUUUUGGGCACUCACGUAGGACAGCACGGUACGGUUUCGGUCUCGGUCCUGCACUGGAUACCGGUUCAAGUCUCAGUCUCAGUGUCGGUCUCAAAGUUCAAAUCCCACGUCGACGUCGACGCCGUGUAUGUCCGUGUGUGUGCGUUUGUGAGCGCGUGUUCGGAAUGUGUGUGUGUUUUUACACAAGACUGCAACCGGCGAGCGUUGUGUAACACUGUAACGUGCUAAAUUUAUUAAUUUAUGGCCACAGACUGCAAAUAAUCAAAGGCAACAACAACAAAAGCAGCGGCAAACAUAAUACAAACAAUUUGUUAGGCCCCAAAGCUGGUUUCGCAGACUUAAAAUAAAAGGCAGCCAGACGACAUUGGCCAGCAAAAGUGGCUCAAAUACAAUUGACAUUUAUUGGCCAAUAUAUAUUUAUAAGGCGUCCGCCCAAAGGAAGCGCCAGCUACGCCAGACAGCAACACAAAGCUUGAGCGAGAGACAGUUAGAAAGCGAGAGAGAGAGAGAGAGAGAGAGAGAAACUAAAAAAUAUAUAUAGUAAAAACUAGGUUUAUAGAAUAUCUUGAUGUUGUCAAUGCUGCACAAGAACUGGCAGCAUACUGCGCGCAUGCAAAUGCUAGGCAGGACGACGAACAGGACAAGCCACAGCACAAUGUCAUCCUGUGGACAACGUGGGCGUGCCCAGACAGCGGCAGGCAUUGGCUGUCUAUGCUGGAUGGCAUUGCUAUUGCUGCUGUUGUUCGUGCCGGAUUUUAUUGUGGCGCUCAAGGAUGUUUCGGUUAGGAUACCACAGGCUGUUAAACGCGGCAGCAAUGCCUUGUUCACCUGUAAUUAUGAUAUGGAAAACGAUACGCUAUAUUCGGUGAAAUGGUAUAAAGGCAAACGUGAGUUUUAUCGCUAUACGCCAAAAGAGAAUCCAGCAAUGAAAGUGUUUGCCAUGACAAGUGGCCUUAAUGUCGAGCGUAACCUCUCGAAUCAAAGUCAUGUCGUGCUGCAGUCGGUGCCGCUGAAUAUUUCGGGCAAAUUUACAUGCGAAAUAUCCGUGGAGGCGCCCACAUUUCAAACGGCGAUGGUCUCCGGCGAAAUGGAGGUGGUGGAGUUACCGGAAGAGCACACAGUGGUUACCGGGAUACAGGCACGUUAUCGCAUUGGCGAUUUGGUCGACGGCAAUUGCUCAAUUAAAUACUCGAAACCGGCUGCUAAUUUGACAUGGACUAUUAAUGGUAUUGUGGUGCCACCGCAUCAUAUCAAGACUUAUCAGAUUGAGAAACAAGAGAAUAGCACUCUGGAAUCGGUGACAAGUGCCAUCCACUUUAUGGUAACCACACAGCAUUUUCUCAAGGGUCAAAUGAGGCUCAAAUGCACGGCCAACAUAUUUGAUAUAUUCAAAGAGGAAAUCGAAAGCAUCAUCGAAGAAGAUCGACCCAGAAUUAUGGCAUCCGGCAGAUCGUACGAUAUCAAUAAUUAUCCCCUGGAUGAGCAUGGCAAUGGGCAUGGCGAUCGAGAACGUGGCGGCUAUGAGGAUCACAAUGAAUCGUAUUUGACACACUUGGCGCCGGAUAAUACCGCGUCGGGCGCUUCGAGCGCUGCUCACGAAAUCUUCUGGCGCGUUUGGCCAUUCAAGCUUAUGGAGGCGCUGCCAUUUCAGCACAUAACAAAGCUUCACAGACACAUCAACAGGCAGCUUUCAAAGUGGGCGUGGCACUCUGCUAGAUGCGCCACAUGGCUUAGCGUAGCGAACGGCAUUGCGACGGCGACGGCGACGGCGCUGCCCCUCUGCCUGUGGGUGGGCCAUCAAAUUAACAACUGUCAAUACGCUAGCGACAAAGCAGCGACGCAACAGUCGGAUAGCGACGGCGGCGACGGCGGCGUCGCGCGUGUUGUCAAUGUGACAAUGUCAAAGGCAGCAUCGAGUGAGAGCGACAAAUGCUUUUAUAAUUGUCAAAUGGCAUUGGCAACACUUUCGGGCUGCCUGCAACGAAAUGACGAUGAUGAUGAUAAUGUCGAUGAUGAUGAUGGCGAUGAUGACGAUGCUGGGAAUAUGGCAAGUGCUGCCGAGUCAGGCGUUGAUUUAACUGCAACUGCAGCAGCAGUGGAAGCACUAAAGCGCCAACAUCAACAGCUGUCAGCGACACUUGCCAAAGUGGGCGCGACCGCGCUGCCGGAUCAACGAUUAUUGAUGACUUGGCCAACGCUGGCUGCGGCAGCGGCAGCGGCAACGGCAACGGCUGCGACGUGCUGAUGCUGAAUUAAUGAUGAAAUGCAUUUCGGAAAGUAGCUUAAGGUGCUGCACAUUUCUCUUAACCAACACGCGAUAUUUGUUUCGUUCUCUUAUUUGUUUUCAUGUGAGAAGUAGCGCAAUAAUUAAUGCCAGAAGCAGAAAUAAACAAAAAUUAAUAAAUA